CGCACUGGCACGAUUGUCUUUUAUUUUGUGUGGUUUUGUUGUUGUUUUGUUUAUUAUGCAUUUCUUUUUUAUUGUUUGAGUUCGCGAGUUGUGCGUCGGCAUUUAAAUUAGAUCCUUGGCAUUUCGGCAGCGGUUGCCAAUAUUAUUAUUGCAUGGCGGGAAUUGUGGUUGAAUAAAAUAAGGCGAAGAAAACCUAACAAAUGUGCAAUGUGCGUCAAGUCAAUGGCAAUACAAACGAACAAUUAUUGCUAACGUAACCGGGCCGAGGCACAAAAAACAUUCCAUGCAUCAUCAUCACCAGCAGCGCCUGCGGGAAAAUGGCGGUCGAGGAGGAUCGGGAUUGGGUUCAGGAUCGGUAUCAGGAUCAGGAUCAGGUUUGUGCGCCCAUUGUCGGGGCCAGCUACUGCCCCAUCCGGAGGAGCCCAUCGUGAUGGCUCUGGGUCAGCAAUGGCACUGCGACUGCUUCCGCUGCUCCGUUUGCGAGGGCCACCUGCACAACUGGUACUUUGAGCGCGAGGGACUACUGUACUGCCGGGAGGAUUAUUACGGCCGGUUCGGCGAUGCCUGCCAACAGUGCACGGCCGUUAUCACCGGACCCGUUAUGGUGGCCGGCGAGCACAAAUUCCAUCCGGAGUGCUUCUGUUGCGCAGCCUGUGGCUCCUUCAUCGGCGAGGGUGAAUCGUAUGCGCUGGUCGAGCGGUCGAAGCUCUACUGUGGCCAGUGCUAUGGCAAGCGAUCCUGCCAGCCGGCAGAUGCCAAGGCACGGAUCACGACGGCCGGCAAGCCGAUGCACUCCAUCCGGCUGGUGGAGAUCCCCAAGGACGCCACUCCGGGCCUGAGGGUCGACGGAGUGGCCCUGGACGACGGCUGUCCCACAGUCCGCAUUACAGACUUGUUUUGUAACUUCUUCUUCUGGCUGACAUCGGUGGCGGAACAGUGCUGUGGUGCCCCAUAUAGGAUCGAUGUAAAUCUUACCAAUUUGCACAUUGGCGACCGCAUCCUGGAGGUGAAUGGCACACCAGUCAGCGAUUCGUCGGUGGAGCAGAUCGACAAACUGAUCCGGAGUAAUGAAAAGAUGCUGCAGCUGACCGUGGAGCAUGAUCCGGUGCAAGUGUGCCGCUCAUGCAGUCAAGCCGAUAUCCAGAGGGCCAUGUCAGCGUCCACAUUAAUCCUGCCGCUCAGCACUUCGGCCUCCAGUGUGGAGGUGGGCAGGGAGCGACUCUAUAGGACACCCGGCGAACAGGGACCAAAGGCCAGGAGACUACGUCAAGCCACCAAUGCCUCAACCACCAUACCACCGCAGCAGGCAGCAGGAGCGGCCACAAUGACCCAACUGAAGGAGAAGGAGCGUUGCUCCAGUCUGUCCAAGUUGCUGGACGAACAGCAUCAGGCACAACAGCACUCGGCACAUCCCCAACUGUACGAUCUGUCGAGGACACAAUCCUGUCGUGUGGUCCAGAAACCUCAGCGAAUCUUUCGAGCCUCUGAUCUGGUUAUUGGUGAAAAGUUGGGCGAAGGUUUCUUUGGCAAGGUGUUCAAGGUUACCCAUCGCCAGAGUGGCGAGGUGAUGGUCCUCAAGGAACUCCACCGUGCGGACGAGGAAGCCCAAAGGAAUUUCAUCAAGGAAGUGGCCGUUCUCCGCCUGCUGGACCAUCGCCAUGUGCUCAAGUUUAUUGGUGUGCUGUACAAGGAUAAGAAACUGCAUAUGGUCACCGAAUAUGUGGCCGGUGGUUGUCUCAAGGAACUCAUCCACGACUCUGCCCAGAUCCUCUCGUGGCCGCAACGCGUCUGCUUGGCCAGGGACAUUGCCUGCGGCAUGAGCUACCUGCACUCGAUGAACAUCAUUCAUCGUGACCUCAAUUCGAUGAAUUGUCUGGUGCGCGAGGAUCGAUCGGUUAUUGUGGCCGAUUUUGGACUAGCACGCAGUGUGGAUGCACCGCGUCUGCCUGGCGGCAGCGUGGCAUCCUCUGACCGUGGUGGCAAUGCCACACCAGGUGGCUAUGGAUCGGGCGCUGGUAGCGAUGCGGCCAUGUCGCCGGGCGGAACUCUCAGGCGCAGCAAGAGCAGGCAGCGUAGACAGCGAUACACGGUGGUCGGCAAUCCCUACUGGAUGGCACCCGAAAUGAUGAAGGGCCUCAAAUAUGACGAGAAGGUCGACGUCUUUUCCUUUGGCAUUAUGCUGUGUGAGAUCAUUGGUCGCGUGGAAGCGGAUCCGGAUUUUAUGCCCCGCAACUCGGACUUCAGCCUCAAUCAGCAGGAGUUCCGUGAGAAGUUCUGCUGUCAGUGUCCGGAGGCUUUCGUCAAAGUGGCCUUCGUGUGCUGCGACCUUAAUCCCGAUCUGCGUCCGUGCUUUGAAACCCUGCACAUUUGGCUUCAACGGCUGGGCGAUGAUCUGGCCGCCGAUCGUGUGCCGCCCGAGCAACUGCUGCACGAGAUCGAGACCUUUCAGGAGUGGUAUGCCAGCUCCGAGGAUGCCUUGUCGCCCACCUCGCAGCGCAGCUUGAAUAAUCUCGAUGAGGUGAUCUCGAUUGCGGUCGAAACGGAUACAUCAACGGUGGAAAAGGAUAAGGAUAAGGAGAAGGAGAAGGAGAAUCUGGCUAUCAAGCCGCAGGAUAUACCCAAAUCACCGCAUCUGGGCAAGGAUUUCUCGCCGAGCGGUGAAAGACUGCGGGACAGUAUGCGUGCCAGGCGUCGGCAGCGUUUUCUGGGCGCCCAAGAGGAGCGACGUAAUCUAACGCCCGAAACGGAGUCCAAGGAACGGGCUCUAAAGCAGGCCCUCAGAAAAUGUCGCCCGUUCGGCGAAAGAGGUUACUUGGUGGACCUGCGACCCGGUGGCGAACUGCAGCUGCAGGAUGUAAGGGAUCUGAACACCUAUUCCGAUGUGGAUUCCAGUUGCGAUACUAGCUUGAAUUACCAGGAGGUGAACAAUAUGCCAGCAGCACAAGAGGACGAAAAGCCAGUGAAAGCGGGCAAAGAGGUGAUGGAGGAGAACGCAAGCAGAACGGAUACGCAGCACCAUCGCCUGGCCAUCGACGAUAUGCGCACCCGUUUGCAUCAAUGUCGCAGCAAAUUCGAGCACUUGGAGGAGGCUAGCCGACGGAACUUUAACCAAUCCCAGCACUCGAUGAGGAAUUUCUUCAAAACCCCACCGGUGGCCCUAAAGAUGUUUCAGCGUUUGGAGCACGAAGCGGCUGCCCUGAAUGGUGGCAACAAUUGCCCACCGCCACCACCACGCACGCAGCGCAUCAAUCAGACUCCAAUUUUUGGCCGCAAGAAUCCGCCUGUAACGGCAAGUGUGGGACAAAAGCUGCUGCAUGCUGAAUCCCUAGAGCAUUUGGCUUCCAGUGGGGUCAGCAAACCACUGGCCACGUCGGCUCCGAAAAGGAGCAAGGCCGCCACAACGACCAAAAGUCAGAGCAGUAGCAACACCACCAUUAACACCACCAUUACCAACCCGCCACUCUUUCUGCCGCCCAGCCACAAUAGUAGUGUUAAUUUGAAUAGCAACGGCAAUGUGAGCACCAGUUGUACACCAUCAACCGCUCCAUCAGACUGGCUGCCAAAGAAGCAUAAGCUGACGUUACCCCUGCCAACGUUGCAUCCACAAGCAUCUCCGCAGCUGCCAACGCAGCGAACGAGCAACAAUCAUCGCCUGCCAACGACCAACAGCAAAGGGAAGUCGCUGAGGCCACCGCCCAGUCGCACCGCCCAAGGAUUGGCCGCCGGCAAUUGCGUCUCGCCCACCAGGAGCAGCAGGCCGGGAUCCCCUAGCAAGCAUUUGGCCCAGAGGCACACCGCCGCCACGGCCCAACGUCUUACCAAUGCGACCGCUGCCCACCAGCAACAGCAUCAGCAUCAACAACAAUCCACGAAGACGACACGCCUGAGCAUACUUAGUCCGGAGAAGGUGCAUCGCCUGGGAGCCCGUCUCAGCGAUCAGAAGCAGAAAAUGCGCGAAGAGGCAGCGGCGACAGGUGCAUCCGCCGGCGGGGGAGCAGGUUGUGCGGCAUCGUCGGCAUCACCGGGAUCCUCUGCCAAUGGUCACCUUCAGGGCUAUCGGACUGGAGCCUCGGGAACGACGAAUCCAGGCGGCGGUGAAAGAAGGAGGCGAGCACCACCGCCGCCCGUUCGCACGCAUUUCAAUACGCGCUGCUAGCUGGUCAAAAUUGCCAUACUCUUUUAUACUCUAUAUACUCGAUUGUCAAGUGUUGUGCACAGUGUGUUGUUCGCACUCAGGGAGCCCUAUUAAGCAGUGUAAUGUUCUACUGACUAACUGUUGUAACUAGUCUAAUUGUUUUUACCACAUAACUGUUGUAAUUCGUAAUACUGUUCGCAGAAAUACCUAUUUCACUAUUUAACCAUAUACAUACCACUACAUUUCUGUAACAUUUCCAACAUUUUUCUGUAUAACCAGUCAUUUUAUAUAACUAUUUAAUGCUUUUCUUAAACCAAAAAAAAAAAAAAAAACAGUGAACUGUUCUACUGUUGUGAACGCAACUGUUAUAUACGCACAUGACAAAAUCAACAUUCCAACAAAAGAAAAAAAAACACAGAAAUUGUCUACGAAAAACGAAUAGCGAACUAUAGCGACACUCUUGGAAUUGAGAACGCAAAAAAUCUUUGAGGAAUAACCAGAAAUCAAUUCCAAAAGCGGCAAUCGACGACAGUUUUCAAAACGGUCGAAAACAAAUUACAAAGAGGGCAGCUGCGAAUGUAUCAGUGAUGCUCAAAAAGCCCAACGAAAACUGUUAUACCCAGCUUUCAAUCAAAAGGUUUUAUAUUUUUU